AUGCCUUACGCCGGAAAGCCUCUAUCCGACAUCGAGACUAAGGUCUCACAAAUUGUCUCCAUCAUUGCUGCAUACCGCCACCGCUCCGCCACCGUCCCCGAUCGCUUCUCCAAGUUCGUCCCCACGCUCGAGAAGCAGAUCGGAGACAUUGUCUCCAACAAGGAGGCUGUCCGUUUCAUCCUUCCAGCUUUCCCCUUCAAGGCUCCAGCCGAGGGAAGAAACAAGCGCAAGACACUAGGCCCUCUUCCAGACAAGGCCGAAGAGAUCGCCUUGCAGACGCUCAAUGGAUUCGCCGACUCUAUUGCCGAAAUCUACGAGGGCGGUGCCACCGUUGUGAUUGUGUCGGAUGCAUCAGUAUAUGGCGAUAUUCUGAACAUCGCCGACAGUGACGCUUUCGCUUAUCACCAAGAGCUGCAAAAGCUCGCCGCAUCUCUGGGCCUUCGCCAUCUAGAAUUCACCCGCCCUGGGGCCUUGGCCGGCAUUGUGCCACAGGAGGCCCAGACCCUUGAGGAAUACUCCGACUUUGUAACCAAGACCCGCAACCACCUCGACCACUCAAUCUCCCACGUCCCCUCGGCCGAGGAUGAUAAUCGGCAAGCGACGAGCCGACACUACGACACGGCUCUCCCGGAGAGCAACAAUCCCACCGCCUUGAAGAAUGCUAUGCUCCAGCGAGGCAAGGCCUACUUCACUCUGCUGGCAUCGGCUGCGCCAUCCGCCAUCCGCCUGUCAAUCCAUGAGUCCAACAACGUUGGCAAAAUCACUGUUGACCUGUUCCCCCCUGCGAUUAACCCUGAUUUCAUCACCCCGUGGCAUGGGGCCUUGACACUGCUUCCCGACGCCAGCCUGCGCGUGGUCGACGCAUCCACCGUCGAUCUGACCGAAUUUGAGGUGGUCAACAACGCUGCAGGCCACCCAUGGUUGCUGCGUGCCAAAUGCGACCUCUUCAAUUGGCCAGGCAUGGAGGUCGACUUUGAACCGCUUUUCCCCUGCGGUAUGAAGGUCUGUCCAAAGGAAGGACACGGGCCCUUCAAGUUCGAGGACGUCGAUAUGAAGCGUGUCCGACGUCUUGCUCUAUCCUCUGCGCCUCUUCUCCUGCGUGGAUUCACAAUGGAAAUCGAGAAGGAAGUGUUCCGCGAGAAGGCGCGUCAGCUUGGUGAGAUCCAGCAGUGGCCGUUUGGUGAUAUCCUCGAGGUUCGCGAGAAUGCAGACAUCAACAUGAACAACGUGCUCACGCGCGAGGCUAUGCCCUUCCACUACGAUGGUGUGUUCAAGAUGGUCCAGAAUGAGAAGACCGGCGAAUGGAUCUCCACGCCGCCUCUCUUCCAAAUGUUCCGUAACCGCGCGGCCUCGCAGUCCGAGGGUGGUCUGACGCUCUUUGCGUCGUCGCGCAACCUCCUGCCGCUCCUCGGGCCCGACACCAUUUCUCUUGAGGAACUGCGCUCGCUGAAAUGGAAGACUUUCACAGAAGCCAACGAUGCCUUCGGCGGCCAUGAUUUGCACCUGCCCUUCAUCGUCGCCCACCCGGAGACCGGUGCCGAUACUUUCCGCAUCCACGAGCCCUGGCCCGAAUCCAAGUGCAUCGCUGGAAGCAGCAAGCCGACUAUCGUUCAGGUCGUUGGCUGGUCUGAGGCUGAGAGCGACGCGCUAUGCGAGAAGCUUACGGCUCUGCUGUACGAUCACCGGGUCGUAUACCGUCACCAGUGGAAGGCUGGUGACUUCGUCUUCAACGAUAACGCUACCACCCACCACACUCGCACAGCAUUCACUGAGGGUCACCGUGAGCACUGGCGUGUGCACGUCAACUAG